AUGGGCAUUGCUCUAUGGUUCGUACCGCACUCCAAUUCGCCAGUGUAUGAUACUAUACAGUCCCUCAUUUUGUCUUUGCAGACUCUGUUCCCUGAUGCGCCUGUGUUUGAGCCCCACUUGACCGUUACAUCGCAACUCAAAUGCGAAAACCUGACUGGGGUGAAUCAAAUACUCACUUCGUGUGUAGCAGCUGUCGGGGCAAUCAGAGAGAGCGUCAGGGGGAAGGACGGCGCAAUAGUGUCGUUUUCUGGCGUGAGCGUGGGCAAAGGGUACUUCACUAAAGUGAGGCUGACAUGCAUCGAGAACAGGUACCUAAUGGGGAUCGCUCAGGUGAUACGAGAGCUCUUCGUAGCAGAAAAGCCCGAAGAGGCAGCAGAGUGGCUUACGGAGGAAUUUCGGCCUCACGUCUCGCUAGUGUAUUCCGAUAUGUACCAUGUCAACCAGGCGCUCGAGAGGGUCAUCGCACAGAGAAUUGAAGAUGCUCUGGACCUGCAACUACACAAGGUGCGCGUAGCUGGAGACCACAACCAGUGCACCUGGCAUUUCGAUUCCCCCAUGACGGGUUGGGGUGUGCCUGGGGUAUUCAAGGUGGUCAGGUGCGAGGGACCCGUUGAUGAGUGGGAAGUUCUGGGCAGUGUUGAAGUGUAA